AUGCCUAGUUUAAAGACUGCAAAUGAUCAAGACGCGUCACCAACAAAUGAGCGCCACCUAUUCUGCAACGCCUGUGGAGAUAAAAUCUGCGAUGAAUCCGGACGCAUUGCGACAAAAUUCGUUACACAGGCGAGAGAUCCACCACGAGAACCUGUUGAGAUAGUAUCUUUGCCACGCUUCGAAGGCAGAUACAUGGUAAAGCCUGACGUCAGCAAAAAAGUCCGCUCAGAGCGGAGACUAAAGUACCGAAAGACCAUGGAAGCCUUGCACCAGGAGCUUGACAUGGCCCUAGAGUUCGCACUUGGGCGGAAAAACGAGCUCUAUGGGGUGGAUAUGAUGGAGAUGAUAAAGGCAUACCUGAAGCAGGUCAACAUGAUCGCGUGGGAAGAGUCAUGUGGCAUGUUUGACUUGCAUCAGCAUGAAUGUCAUCAGAAGGCGGAAAGGUUUAGGAAAAAAUAUAGCGAUGAGAGCGGAGAGUUCGCAGAUCCGAACGGCGGAGGCUCCACGGCAGGAAGGCAAGUCGUCGAAAUAUGCAAGAUGCAUCAACAUAACUUGUCUCUUGGCUACUGCUCUUGCUCUCAGGCUGAAUCGAGAAUGCAACAUCUAAACACAUCACAUUCGCAGGCGAGGUCUCGCCCAUCUUCCAACCCAGCUGUUCAAGAUGCGAUUCCCCCUUCAUUCUCAGGACAAGCACAAAGGAUGGCAUCUUCAGCUCGGCAAAUUAGACAGAUGGCGCCACCGACACCGAAACGUCCUGAGACAUCUAGUCAGAAUCCGCAGACGUCACAAAAUUUAGGAGUGCCAAAUCCGCAACUGCCAUCACCAGCAAUGACUUUUAAUCGAGAAUCUACACCACGUCGAAACUCGACAGUUGAGAUAUCGCCACCAUCGAGAAAUCCUCCUGAGCCGCGUCCUGUUUCACGGCAAGCGCCUAUUCAAGAAAAUUACCAGCAACAAGAAUCAAGGGAGAUGCGUAGUGCCGCUCAGAGGCAAAGAAUGGCCCACAAUAUGGCUCUAAAUUCAAAAGCGCUGACAUCAGAUCCACGAGCAUCUAGAGGAGUUCAGCCUGCCUCACAAGCCCACAAAACUACCCCAAGGCUUCCACCUAUCCCCAACUUUCCUGAGAGAGGGACAUCUCAAACGAAAGAGUCUAGCCAAAGCAAGAAACGCGCAUAUGUUGAUUUGACGGAUUCAUCGCCCCCUCUCACUACUUCGACUCCGAAAAGGAUACGUCGAAACCCUCCUGAGCUACCUUCAGCCUCUCCAAAUCCGGCGGUCCACACGAAUAGCCUCGCAAGCCAGCCACCUAUGGCCUCUUCAAUGUUAACAUCGCAAACGACGCAGACAGCAAGCUUCAAUACAUUAUUCGGGCCUAGCGGCUCCCAAUUUCACAUGCCGGACCCGGUGAUCUUCGAUCCAAUAUCGCCCACUCUCGCUCAAAACCCAACAGACUUGUUCUUUCCAGGAGAUAUACCCCUUUCAGUCGAGACGACGGACGGAGAGAUUGUACCAAUCAGGGGCUUUGUGUUCACACCAGAAGGGAAAGUCAAGAGAUUGGCCAAUGGCGCAGUCGGCGAAUAUGACGACUUCAUCAAAGCUUUUGACGCAAAAAGGGCGAGAGAGGGGUUGACUACUCAUAGAACACAAUGGUAGGUUCUUUGCUAGGUCUUGAAUGUUGUGCUAUGGGAAGGAAGGGCAAGUCGUCAAUAUCCUGAGCUGCUACUUGGCAGAGUUGAGCCCGACACCAGGUUAUCGUGGUGCGAUUGUGCAAGUUCUUCGCAGUUCUGUCGUCCGAGUGACUUGUCUCAGACCAAAUGUGUCUUAUA